GCAGCCGCGGUCGCCUGCCUAGUUUGAAGAGUCCUUAUUGUCCCGGACUGCGCUUGAUUUCUUGUGUACGAGCACCUACGACCACCCACGACGACGGGAACGACGACUCAUUAACCGCUUCUGCUGUAUCUUUCUGGGUUGCCUGUUCUGCUUCUGAUGUCCAACUAAUUGAUGCUGUUUCACUCGGAUUGUACUCUAAGGAUGUCUCAGGCUUCUUUCCCUGCAUAUUCACAAGGCGACGACGACGAUGCGACAGCGACAACACCCCUGGCGUCUCAGAUGCCCUCCUGCUCUCCCCCAGACGCUCCAGUUUCAGACUCGACCCCGAGCCGCACGUUAUUGUCUCCUUCCCAGGACCCGAUCGGAUCGCGCUUUAUGCUUCCCAUAACGAAUCCACCCGCAAAGCCUUCGUUCACGGUCUCAGAUGUAUAUGGCGCAGACGAGAGCUCAGAGGGGUUUGGGCAGUUGGCGCCCGAGAUAGCUUCAGCUGACAUCUCCAUCGCGGCCGACGGGAGUUUUGUGGAGACGUCGUCUGCGGCGGCUGCGAUGGAGCUGAAGAGACGGUACGAUCAUCUGUUCGGCGUCAACAAGGACGUGAGGUCGCCGUACGCGAUCACUUCGUUUGUCAACCAACAUGGGAGGCAGAAGUUCCGCGUCGGUCGCAAAGAGCUGUCGGCACCCAUGGCGUCCGCUGUGGAAGCCGAGAACCGAACGUCCCAACAGCUGAGCUCUGGCCUCGAAUCACCCCCCUUUCCGAGGAGCUCGAAGCGGAGCUCUAGAUUGAGUGUACACCAGUUUCUGCGGAACGGGAGCGUUUCGAUUGCGCCCAAGGUAGACGCCACGUCCGGGAGGUCGCCACCAAGUCGCGCUGUCCCUCGCAAACUCGUCAGAAAGACGCGCUCGAUACCGGACUUGUACAGUGGUCUCGGUGAAGGUUUGAGCAAGGCGGAUGGCGCAGGGCCGUCCAACGGACAUCCUUCCGGCCGGACGCACUCGCACAGUGUUACGGCGGCGGAUUUGCCCCGCCUGCCUCCUAGCAUCGCGCCACCGAAACCACCUACUGGGGAUGUCUUCAACGAGGUGAUGGGAUGGGAUUACGCGUACUCCACACCUUCUUCGCCAUUCGGUUCGAAUGUGUUUUCGGUGUCUGUUCACAGUCUACGGUUGCCCUCCGAGGCGGACGCUGCUCGUGCGGAGCAGGAACCUCGGCCUCUCAUCUUCCACCCUUUUGGUCCUGGCAUAUCCUUCGACUCACCCUCAAGAAAGACCAGCACCCCAUCUACGCGCAUGUCGUCUCCGCAUGGACUACGGGUCAUGCAGUCCUUCGAAUCCGGACUCACUGCGAGAGCUGACGCAAAUACUCAUAUCCUGAAAGGUGGCCCCCCGAAACUAACGUUGAAUUUCGAGCCUGAGCCUGAAGGCUCCGCACUUCUACCGAUUCCUUCUCCAUCCCACUCUCCCACUCCCUCUCCGCCGCCCCCACCUCGCCAGCCCACUCCUGUAACAGAGACUGCAAAGUCCGCUGCAGUUGAUCCGACUCUGCUCCCUCUUUGGGAAACUUCCCAAUAUUCCCGAUACUCCACUGACGUUUUCGAUGUGUUGCAGACGUACCGUGGUCUGCCUCUACUCGAUAAGAUUGACCCGUUCUCCGAGGUAAAUGAGACUACCAUCAAGCUCACAUCCGAUGAAACGGCGGCGCCUCGAGAUGACCCUCGUUUUGUGAUAUGGGGCGAGGUCGUACCGAGCGCCGCCGUAGAUCCGGAACUUCAGUCCAUGUCACCGGGCAGUAGAACGGACACCUCGUCGCAGCAGUCGGUUAUGUCCAGGAAGUUGAGUAUGAAGAGUAGGACGUCGUUCCAUAAUGGUCAUGAUACGCCUCCGCUCCACGUCGCCACGGAGGGAAGACAGAAGGUUCUUGUAGCUGCCACCAUUGAACGCUGGAUUGCUCAGCUCACGAGCGAGCUCAACUAUGACGAGCUCCUAAACUUCUUCCUCACCUACCGGACGUACGUGAGUCCGGUCGAUUUAGCGCAAUUGCUGAUCUGUCGGUUCCACUGGGCGCUCGGGCCAGCGAGUUCCGCUCACGACGACAUGGUCCGACGGAUCGUAAGAGUGCGGACGUUUGUGGCGCUGCGGUACUGGCUUUUGACUUUCUUCCCGGUGGAUUUCUUGCCGAACCGGGAUCUGAGACUUCUCUUCGCGGGUUGGCUGAACACCCUUCGUCGAGAUCCCAUACUUGGUCGGCAUCAGGGUGCACUUAGUAUUGUCCGGAAGCUUAGGCAGGUUGUCAAAGAGUGUAAGGAAGCGCACACCAGGAGGCAGAAAGAACAACCCCUAAGGAGGCCUUCUGUCAGCUCGACUGCUAAGCAGUUCCCGAAGGCAGGUCAAUCACUGGGAGAUCUUUCUGACGGUCGCAAGUUCGCCGAGUCUCUCAGGAAAGCAGUUGCAGAGGGCGAUGACGAGUCUGACGUUGAUCUGGACUUUGGAGUGGACGAGGGCGUGAUAGUCUCUCUUCCGCAGGGCUUUCCGAGUCAGAAAGACGUGUCUGGCAGCGGAAGCGGGCAGCCUUCUGGCCAGAAUGCGGGAUCACCACCUUCAGUUCCUUCAGCAUCUCUUGCCGUGCUGCAGCAGCCGUUGCAAUUGACUAUCCUACAACACGCUAACGCGACCGCGACGGACUCUCCCUUUGUGGAAACCCCUGCGACCUUACCUGUGCACCACAGCACGCUGUCACGUGUCCUCGUGAAGACUAUUGGCAGACUAGGGAGGUGGAAGCGGGUGCUGAACCAAAGAUCUUCUGCACUGGUGUCUAGUUCCACUUCUGCGGACGUGUCUGCCUUCGACCUCGAGCUCAACAUGUCUGGCGAUCUCUUGAAUGUCCCUGGAGGAGUGGAACAAUAUCUGAAGAUGAUUGAGCAGCCGGAGCCAGAUUCUAGUGUGAACGGGCAGAAUGGCACCGCUCUGCCCGAUGGGAACUCUAGCUCGCUGGGUGUGCAGGAGUCUGCAGACCAAACCGACUCCUCAUCGAUGUUGGCACCGCGCUCAUCGGUGGACAGUGCCAUGUCUUCGGACACGUAUUCUACUAGUAUGUCGGAAGAGACAGACUACGGCGUGCCGAUAUCACAUUUGAGGUCAGUGACAGAAGCCUCGGACGAGUGCGUGCAGGAGUCUCCGGGCGAACCGGUCCAGGGGGACCUAGAACAGCUGGAACCACGGGCGGAGUCUGUCUCGUCAAACCCUCGCCGGUCCUUCGAAUCCUAUACUUCGUAUAACUCUCGCCGAACAACUGGUUCAAGAUAUCGCCGUCAGCAGAAACCCUGGCAACCGCCAAUAGAUGUCGUGUCCAUAGAUGACCUCGAGUUCUCCGACAUGUCCUCCUCGGAUGAGAACGAGGGCCCUUCAGCUCCACCUGGUCUGCGACGUGUUCCCAGGCGUCUGCCGCUCAGGCGUGACUUCGAGUUCGUUCGGCGAUCGGGUAGUGUCUCUUCGCUCGGUAUCCGCUCUCAUUCGUCCAUGGCUUCCGAACGGUCUUCGGUGGCUUCAUCUGCCUCCGUCGAACCCGCUCUAGGUGGACCUGGUCUUCAACAAUGGCAGGUCAAUGCGAUAGUUGAUUCACUAAGUGAUGAUGAUGAAGAGGGCGAUGUCGAGGCCGCGUUGCGCAGAUUGGAAGGACAGAUCAAUAUCGACGAGCAACGUAUGAAGUUGUCGAAAGUCGAUGGUUGGGUUCAGACAAUGCGAGACCGCCUGCUGAAUGGGGACUAUCACGAUGAACCAUCCCGGUUCCCUACUUCAGAUAGUGAAUCGGACGAGUCUGUCGGUGACUACGAAGGGAGUAGGAGCAGAGCAGGAUCUGCUGUCUGGAGCCCGGACAAUGCCGACUUUAGUGCGUCCAACUCGUCGGUUUCCCAAGUCUCGGAGCGAUCGCAAGACGUGUUGGAACCUGCUUCGCAAUCGCUAGAGGGCGAAGCGGUCACUCCUUUGGCCACGCAGACGUCACAUAAUGUUAGCGACUCGCCUAACGCAACGUCUCCGGUGUCAUCCUCGGAUGGGAGACCUGCUCCGGAAGAUGUCGUGCCCCGCGAGAUUUUGCAAAGUAGGCUCCCCUCUCGACCUUCCACGUCGGGAGGCUCCAGAGAACCGGCGAGCGACGGGUUCCCGAUAUCGUCCCCGACCAAUAAAUUCAUCACGGCUCCCGCCUCGCAGGUCCAUCGAUCCUUCAUUCUAGGUUACAGGGCGGAGACGCUUGCACAACACUUCUCCAUGAUCGAUCGAGAGUUGUUCCUUGCGAUCAAGUUCGAAGAGAUAGUCUCGGAUGACUGGAUGGGUUGUCCAAAGGAGGCGGACGUACUUGACUGGAGUCAGUUCCUGCGGGACAGAGCUCGGUGGAAGGCGGAGUCACGAGGAGGACCUAAGACAAGCGCUGUAGUGGCAGCUAGGGGCCGGUUUAAUCUGCUCUCCAAGUUUGUGAUCUCGGAAGUGAUUCUGACGCACCCGCAACAUCGCCAUCUCGUGGUAGGGAAAUUCAUCAGGAUAGCUUGGAAAUCGUACAACAUGAACAAUUUCAAUACAUUGACAGCUAUCAUUGCCGGACUGCGUAGCGAAUGGGUCACGAAAGCAAUGCGGCGUUCCUGGGGGCGUGUUGGUGUCUGGGAGCAGCGUAUGUUCCAGGAUUUGAAGGCUUUCACCUCCCGGGAUGACGACUUCAAGCACAUCCGGCACGCUGUUUCUUCCAUGGUUGAAACGAAGCCAGUGGCAACGAGCUCGCUUGACGUGUCUACCAACGGUCUCACCGAUGGACAUUCGUCCUCUUCCAGGAGUAGAGCAACCUCCGAUACCAAGCCACAUUCGCCUGCGGCUUGCAUCCCGUUCCUAGGCGUCUACCUCGCCCAGAUGCAGCGCUACCAUAAGCUGCCCGAUCUCAUAGACCCCACGGCGCCUACGGAGGCCAUAGGUAUCGAUCCCAUCAGCGGCAACCUGGAAGCGCCUGCCCACCCGGAAGUGUUCUCUUCUUUGGCACCGCUUCCCGCGUCCAUGCAACUGGAGCCUCUGAUCAAUGUCCAGAAACAAAGGCUCAUCGCAGGCGUCAUCAAGUCGCUCGUUGCGGGCCAGCAUCUGGCCAGCAGAGUGCAGUUCCCGGUGGACCGGAAGAUCUUCCAGCGGUGUCUCAAGUUGCGGGGGCUAGAUACAGAGACAUUGCAGCGAGCUUAUACUAUGUUUUCUGAUUGAUCUACGUAUACCCCUCUCCCUGAUGUGGUAUCCCGCCUACUUUAUUGUUCCUCUGGGGCUGUAAUGAUAGAGAUGAUAGCUGAUGCUGUUGUUCGAUAGGAAGGAUUGUUUUGGGUAUAAGUUUUCUGGUUCCGUCCUCGGGCUCUUGUGCUGUCGUAUACCAUCCCGCAAUUGCUAGGCUGUUUGGUGUCACGGCAGACUCGGAAGAUUGAAUUUAGCUGAGCAUAGAUUGCCCUCCAGUGUACACUCCUUCGAC